AAUCCCACACGCUCCGGAGGUCUGACUAGGAAGCGAGUGAGGAGGAACGCAAGGGCACGCCUUCAAAGGAAAUGCUCCCUCUACCUCUGCCAUCCCAUCCAAGAGUGCUAGGAUUGCAAGGGAUUGCCACCACGCCCGGUCCUCUGCGGUGCGGGGGAACAGAACCCAGGGCUCCGAGCCUGCCAGGCAAGCACUCUGCCAACGGAGCCACAUCCCCAGCCCCGAGAUGGUUCUUUUGCUGAUGGGACGGAGCUCGCCGUCCUGAUGAGGACCGAGGCUAGCAAAUCAGCAGCUUCCCCUCUCAUUUAAAAAGGAAGGGUUCGUUUAAAGAAGGUUCUGUCUGGAAGCCUGCGCCCAGUCAACCCUGCGUGGCGACCGUCCUCCCCUCGAGGGUACCCACUGCCCGCCCUCCGGGCCCUGGCCCUCCGCCCUGGCCGCGCCCCGGGCGCAGCCCCUUUUGGCACCGCGGCUCCCAGGUGCCCGGCGCGAAGGCGGAGCCGGACUGCAGCCGCCUGGGUGGCGCCAGCCCAGACCCCCGGGAGCUCGCGGGUCCCGGCGCUCCGGCUGCGACUCCCGCAGCAUCCCCGGCCGCGGCUCCAGCAUCCCCCGGGAAGUCUCCCGCGGCGCGCAGCCCGCGGACGCCGCCACCAUGAGCUCGGGGCCGCGGUGGCCCGGGAGCCUGCCCGCGCUCUGCUCCGCGCUGCUCCUGCUGGGUCUGCAGCCGCCCCCGGCGCGCGCCGAGGGGAAGCUCUUCAUGCUGGAGGCUCAGAACGGCUCCCAGGGCCUGGACCUGGACGCGGCUAGGCUCUCCUGCAGGAGCAGGGGUGCCCACCUGGUGUCUGCCGGAGAGCUGAAGAGGGUGGUCCAGGACUGCGCCUUUGGGGUGUGCACCACAGGCUGGCUGGCUGACGGCACCCUCGGGACAACUGUGUGUAGCAAAGGGAGCGGUGAGCAGCAACUCCCGAGAGCUGUUGAUGUGAGAAUUGACAGCCACCCAGUUCCCGGUGCCAAGUACAACGCCCUUUGUAUUAAGGAUGAAGAGAGGCCGUGUGGCGACCCACCGUCCUUCCCACACACCGUCCUCCAGGGUCGAACCGGCUUGGAGAUGGGGGAUGAGCUGCUGUACGUGUGUGCCCCUGGCUCUGUCGCAGGCCGGCGAGAAACUGCCUUCACCUUGUUGUGCAACAGCUGUGGGGAGUGGUACGGACUAGUUCAGGCCUGCGGGAAAGAUGAGACCGAGGCCCAUAUUGACUAUGAAGAAAACUUUCCUGAUGACAGAUCCGUGUCAUUCAGGGAACUCAUGGAAGACUCCCAGGCAGAGGGAGAAGAGGAAAAGGCUCAAGAGGAUGCCUCUGAGGAGACACCAAAACGAGGUCGCCUGGUCUUCCCUUCUGUGUCUAAAGAAAAUAUAGCCCAGGAAAAAGCCUUUGUGCCAACCACAGGCUUGCCUGGCACCAGGAGCAGUGUCCAUACUGACUGGCCAGGAUCCCGCCUAAACCGGAAGUACUCGCUCUGGUUUCCGGCUGAGACUUUCCGCAAGCCAGAGCUGGAAAAGGAAGUGGGGGAUGAGACCAAAGAGCCACUUCUUGCCAGAGACGAUCACAGUGAAGGGGAACUGGUCCCAGGGGAGUCUGAAACCAGGCUUGUCCAUGCCACCACUGACAGCCCCUCAGAGCCAUUUGUGGAUAGGAACAACAGCAAGGCCGAGGACCCAGGGGUGAGCAGCAGUGGUGACUCCUGGCUAGACGGCUACCCUGUGACAGACGGGGCUUGGAGGAAGGUAGACACGGGGCGCGAGGAUGAUGAGGACAAAGAGGAUGGGCCAGUCGGACUGGAUGAAGGUGUUCUCAUGACUCCAGAUCAGCCCACUGGGAAAGUCAGGGAGCAUAAGACCGCCACCGCCUCGCCAAGCGACUUCGCGACGCACAGUUCGAUCGGCCCUUCGCAAAUGCUGGAUGUGGAGGCUCUGGUUCCGGGGCCCACGAACAUGUCCGAGACUGAGAGCCCCCAUACUAGGGAUAGUGAUUUGACUAAGUAUCAUUCAACCGUGCCUCGGAGAGCCCCCACGCAACAGUCACCCACGGCCACCUUACCCUUCGACCUCACCACCUCCACCCGAGAGACUGCACCAACAACUCCACAGCCGACGCUUAAACACACCCCCCCGGCUGAGGUGGAGACCACCCAGCCGCCAUCAGAGGCCACAGCUCCUGAGGUUCAGGACAGCUUCCCGUACCUGCUAUCUGAGGACUUCUUGGGACAGGAGGGCCCUGGGCCUGGUGCAAGCAAGGAGAAGCAGCUUCCAACCCUGGCACCGUGUGCCGGAGAGGAGUGUCCCAGCCUCAGGAAAGGCCCGGUGAUCGCCACCGUCGUCACCGUCCUGUGCGGCCUGCUGCUCCUGGCUGCUGUGGGGGCAGUGUGGGGCUACCGCAGGUGCCAGCACAAGAGCUCCGUCUACAAGCUGAACGUCGGACAGCGGCAGACUCGACAUUACCACCAGCAGAUUGAGAUGGAGAAGGUCUAGCCUCCGUCAGCACGGGCCCUCACGGGGCCACUGGGAAGAUUAACUGUGACCGCUCACACUGAGGAGUCUCAGGGUCGGAGGUGGAAAGGGUUCACCCCCUAGGGUUCACGUCUUUCUUCUAUAUGCUGAGAAGCAUCUCUGGGAGGCACCUGGAGGGCAGAGAGGGGUUGGUGACGUCAUCACGUAUGACAAGGUCUCCUCAGCCAGCUGCCCUGGAGUUCGUUGCCCAAAUCCCAGACCCCUGCUUUGUCCCUAUUCCAGUAUCAGGUUAGGGUGUUGCUGUUUUAAAGUCCCGUUUUGUUUCAUCAAACUGUUGUCUUCUCAUCUUUAGAGGGAGAAGCACAGACCCCACACCCGAGAUAUCUGAAGUAGUUUUGAUAAGCUGUGUGUUUGAGGACCAUGUUGUUGGGAAACAGAUGUCCAGUUGUGGAAUGGGACAGGAGAGAAUAAUGGUUGUUUCCUUUUAGUAUGUCGCUGGGGAAAAAUGAGUCAAGAGCCAGAACAUAGUUUACCAACUUUGGAGUUUCUCUUUUUGUUAAAAUCGCAGAGAACUUAAAACUGACGUUUUGACCUUGGGGUAUGAGGAGUGAUCAGGUGCGCACUGGCCUCUGGCCCCGCAGUGUGGGACAGCCCACACUUGUUGUUUUAAGAACAAGGCGAACUCUGUGCCAGUGAGGACAGCUUUGGGUGUCCCUGCCUGGCCUGUGCCCACAGGUGCCUUGGGUUGGCUACCAGAGCUGGCAGAGAGACACACCUUUUAGUUUCCUGUCUCAGGGUUAACUGUUUCUCUGUAUUCCAGUAGGAAGGAAGGAUAUGGAAGGGGGAAAGAAGCCCAAAGACUGCUAGGUCAAAUAUGUACCUGCUUGAUGCAUUGGACAAGGAAUGGUAGUGGACAUGGAGUGCCCGGGGCCUGCCAUGCCGUUUCCUCUCACAGUGACCACCCGGUGGUGUCUCAGUGGGUGUUGUUUCUAGAAGGAUGGUCCUCAGACCAGCUGCACAUCACCUGGGGAGCUGCUGGAGAGGUAAAUUCUUUAGUCUCACCCAGACUCAGGAAGCCAAACCCCUGGGGCUGGGCCAUCUCUGAACUCCAAAUCUUCAGGUGGUUCUGAUGCGCAUUCACGGUGAGAGCCGUUGGUCUCUAUCCUCUGUGGUGAGCUUGGAACCCAGGAAGUCCUGGAGCCAGGGAGGUGAACGCUGUGCCCCGCCUUGCUCCACCCAGGCUUCCGGAAGCAGCUAGUGAAGUGUUGCCUCUGGCUAUCUCCAGGGUGUUAGCUCAGAAGCAAGCACACUGCUGUUUUUCCAUCUGAAUCGCCCUCUUGAAGGUUUAAAAGUGAUGGAGGCCAUACAUUUCUUUCCGAGGUGCCAUGGGAGUGUGUUUUUGUAUGGCACAAGAAAUCCUGAUAUAUGUUUUUUUGUUGGUGGUGGUUUUACAGUUGAAAAUUUAGGUGGGCAGGGUUGUGGCGUGGUGGCCGAGCGACUGUCUAGCAGGUGCCGGGUCCAGUUCAAUCUCUGACACCACAAAAACAAACAAACAAAAAAAAUGGAGAUGGUGUUUUGCCAAAGGAAGACAAAAGAUCACAUGAUGUAUUUCCUGUGCUGUCCUGUGUUUGAUGCAAGCUUUGGGCAAGCAAAAGGUUCGGUAGCUACAAAGCAGUGUAACACAAUACGAAAUCCCAAUGAGCAAAUGGUCAAAUGAGGGCCUGAGGAAACCUGCUAGAACACCUCUGCUCUGGAGGAACCGGGAGAAGAUGCUUUCUGUAUGUAGCCAAAGAAGAACUCGAAGGAGUAAACACAGAGACUGUAUAUUUUUAAAUUAGAUUCUAAUCUCUGAGAUAUCAUUUCUAUUUUUAUGACUAGUUAUGGAAGAUAACCUUGGUCCCCACAUGGGGAUUCUGUCAGUAACAACCAUUAACGCAGAACACUGAAUUCAUACCCACACAGAAGUAGGUGGUAUUAAUAUAAAUGCAUUGAUAAGUUUAUUGUAAAUUAUUAACACGUGUCAGUGCUUUCUUUUGUAGACGUGGGCUGUAAUCUCAGUGCACUAGCUUGUAAUUUUACCAAUUUGCUGUCAUCUAAAUGAAUACGAAUGAACACACGAGCUUGUACAUUGGAAGGGCGUGGGUAGCCAGCUCACUAGGACCCCAGCUGUCACUGCAAACGCCUUAAGAAUGGCAAA